GGCUGCAUUGCUCAACGCUGCAGAAACACGUUGGACAUUUGACGUUCUCCAGAGCGCAAACACACAUAGGCACCGGAGCGUUUGUUAAAUCUGUCACGCAAAUAUAUUACAGCAUCAACUAACUGAGGGUGCUCUUGCUCGUGUUUGAGUUAUGCAGCUCACCUGUAGAACCGGGCCUGACCUGGAUUAACUUGUACUGAGAAGAUGAGAGAGAAGGAGAAAGGAUCCGUCAGAUUACGGAUGGUCAACUUCUGGUACCGACUGUGGCACCUGCCGCUGUUGCUGUGUCUCUCAGGACUCCUGCAGUGGGAUCUGUGCUACAGUCAGCGUCUGGUCCAGAUCCAGGAAGGUCCUCUGUAUCGAGUACAAGGAUAUCCCAUCUCCAUAUCCUGUAAUGUUAGUGGGUUUAAAGGCCCAUCUUUACAGAAUUUUGAAUUUAGGCUCAAGAAAUCAAACGUGGAUAUAAAUAUAAUCAGUACUGAAAACCAAAACUUUGCCUACGCAAUGUUCUCCAGUAGGGUAAGGGAAAAAGAUAUUGAGAUUGAGAGGUUGUCAGGAUCUUCAGUUCUCUUGAGGAUCAAAAAUUUGCUGGAAGGAGAUGAAGGAGAUUUCUUCUGUGACACCCCAAACACAGAUGGUGAAUAUUUAGGAACUUAUGAAGCGGGAACAACACUUAACGUGAUUAAGGACACCCUGGUGGCAUCAUACUUUGGCUCUUCCUCCCAGAGUUUGUCUGAAGGUGAUCCUCUUCAGCUUGAGUGUCAGGUCUCCAGCGAAACUUAUCAGCACACCCAUCUGUCGGUCAUCUGGUUUGUCCACAGUGAAGAGGAUGAGAACCCCCGACCAAUCAUCACUCUGAACAAAGAUCUGACUGUAAAGCCAGGAGCUGGAUUUGAGGAUCGCUACCGCGCAAGUCUUAUCAGCAUGGAUAAGGUGGAGGACACAACCUACAGACUGAAGAUGUCUCAAUUGCAGCAGUCAGACCAGGGGAAGAUCUACUGCAAAGCCAUUGAGUGGAUCCAAGACCCAGACCGUUCCUGGACACAGAUUGCCUACAAAACCAGCUCGGCAUGUAACGUGGAGGUCAAACGAAUUGAAGUGGGCCCUGAUGUAGAUUCAUUUAGUGUCUAUAUGAAGGCCUCAAAGGGGCCACUACAGGUGGGAGAUGCAGUGGACAUCCACUGCAGUGUGAAGGCUCAGAAUCUUGGUCAUUUAUUUUCGGUGACUUGGCUGAAGAAUCAGAAGAACGUGGCUCAGAUCGGAUCUUCUGGGAUGCUCACUGUGUUUGACAGUUACAAAGAGAGAGAGAAUGCAGCGGAGAUGAGAGCAGUGAAAAGCAGUCACACGGACUACCUGCUGACCAUCCGUUCGGCUAGGACUGAAGACCAGGGCCAAUACCAGUGUGAAGUGUGGCAGGAACACAUGAAUGAUGAUGGCACCUUCAGAAAAAUACAAAAACAACUGUCCAGUCCAGAGACUGUGAACAUCACACCCAAAGAGAGUGAUCUGACGGUGGUCAUGGUGAUGAAGGAUUCGGUGACUGAGGGAGAUACACUACAGGUCACCUGCUCUGUGUCGGGAUUCAAAGGUCCUUUAUCAGUGUCAUGGCAACACAAGAAAGACUCAGGGGAUUCCUUCAGUGAUGUCAUUAGUCUGACCCAUGAGGGAGUGAUGAAAGAUAUUGGGACAAGAUAUCAGAACAGACAUGUUCAAACACUCCAUUCUCCAGCUGGAAACUUUACCCUGGAGAUUGGUGCAUCUGCGACAUCUGACAGUGGUGAAUACAGGUGCAUUGUGUCUGAAUGGACCGUGCAGAGCAAUGGAGAGAUGACGAAAGCCAACACCCAGUCUCAGCAAAAAGCCAUUUCAGUUAAUUCUGUUGAAUCUCUAAUGAAGGUGACCUUAAAAAGUCGUACAACAUCUGUGCCUAUAAAUUCUUCAAUAGAAUUACUAUGUACAGUCAAAGGGCCUAAAGUGUCUUUGGGUGUACGCUGGAUGUUUCGGCCCCCCAAUUCAACUGUACAAAGGAACAUUUUAUCCAUACGCCACACUGGAGAAAUCUCCUGGGGAGCAGAUCAGAGAAACUAUCAGCUAUCCGUUCAGCCACAGCCGUCAGCCACAAUUCUUUUGCUCAUAGUGCCACGAGCCAGCAAGCAACAAGAAGGACAGUACCAGUGCCAAGUUGAUGCCUAUCAAAAGUACAUACAGAAAGCCAUGAAGAACUCCAACCCGUUGGCUGUGACUGUACAAAAACCUGUGAGCAAGUUGAGCCUGUCCAAACUCAAGUCUCGUAUGGAAACCACUGCCGACACUGAUGCUAUUAUUGAAUGCUCAGUCCUCACAACAACCACAGAUACCUCUCGUCUCACGAUAACAUGGAUGAUUGGGUCCCAGAUGCUCUUAACUAUGGACCUAGAUGCUGUUGUCAAGUUUGGCCCCACAGCUGGACUAGAGAUGGACCAGAGAAUCUGCAUGAAAGUAAGACAGAAACAGACCUUCCAGUUGACUGUCCAUCAGGUUAGAACAUCUGACAGCGGACAGUAUCGUUGUGAGGUGGACGAGUGGCUUCAGGAUCCUCUUGGUGACUGGUAUUCCCUAGAGAAAAAGUCUGUUUCCACAGAGCUUGUUGUCAAAGAGAAAGAAAGUAAUCUGCAUGUUAAGAAGGGGAACAAUAUGCUCAACCUUACCAAACAUCAGGCUGGGUUCACCGUCGACUGUGUCAUUGACUCACAGUCCAGUGAUAAUUCUGCCUUUGAGGUCACCUGGUUCAAGGUUCAGGAGGAAGGACCAGUCACUAUAUUCACUGCCAGGCGUGACGGUACCUUACACAGUGCAAUUAAUGAUAAAAAUCUGGUGUUUGGACGACCACUUGCCACACACUACAAACUGACUGUGCCACAGAUCAACCCCACUGAUGUGGGGCAAUACUACUGUCAGGUAGAGGAGUGGCUUCCAACUGCUAACAACUGGAAGAAAUUUGCUUCAGAUAAAUCUGGAGAGCUCUCUGUCCAUGUUCACACUGAAGGUGAUUCCAAAAUAUCGAUAGACCUGUUUGGAUUGACACUGGGAAUCACUAUUCCACUGAUUUGUUUUCUGGUAUUGGUCAUAAUAUUGUUGUUGAGUAGGAAGCACAAGAGGAAUUCUGAUCAGAAGAAAAAGAAAGCCUGUCUGUGGGCUGAAAACCACCCCCUUAACCCUGUGCCGAAGGGGACUUCUGCUGCAAGGGACCAUUCCUAACCUGUCUACCAUAGUUACAGUAUCAAUCAGACAGGCCUGUGGCAUAAACAAAGUAUUGUUACUGUCACAAUCUGUGUGUUUUCUGUUUAUUUUUCAUGGACUUUUAAUUUGUAGAUCAUUUUUUCCGGUUUCCUUUGUUCCCACUUUUUUAGUUUUUUGGUUGUCAUGGUUACUCAUUGUUCAUGGAUUACACACACCUGUUCCUCAUUAGUUCUCUGUGUAUUUAAUGCCUGCAGCUCUGUCACUGUUUGUCUGUUGUUUUCUGUGCUUGUGCACACCGAUGCAUUGCCUUCCUGUUUUGGAGUUUUGUUGAAUAAAGUGCGCAGCAUUUUAGAUCCACUUCACCUCACCUCAUCUUCAUCCUCUGCUCAGCUGUGACAGAACACCAGACUGAAGAAAGGAUUUAUUAUAAAAUGGAUCUAGCAGUGGUACAGAUCCUCCUACUCUCACACAGAGAGCUUUAUAGGUCGGGUCAAUCUAGUUAGCUCAGAUGACGACAGCCUCUGUGUAUUUUUCCGAGCACCAGUAAAUGCCCAAACAAAGGCUCGCCUGCUUGAAGAUGAUCCUCGAGGGACAUUUAUCGAGUAUGUGGACUGGGUACUUCAUCAAUGUGAAUCCCCAGUACUAUCGGUGAGUGGGAGGACGAUCCCAUCAUGCUGACAGUUCACCCCGUCCACACUUCUGAGACAAUCUAGUCCUUCGUCGAGCCUACGCCCUAUACAGAGUUAGAUCUGAUGCCCACCAUGGACCCAAAGCCAAUGCCCGCAAUGAAGCCAGAGCCUGCAACGUCAUCCAUUCCUAGUCGGACAAGCUGUGUGAGCUGGUUUAUACCUGUGUCAGUGGGAGUACUAGUGGAGCUGGAUCAUGAGGCACUUCCUGCUCUGCUGGUUCUGCCCAGCUCCAAGUCUUCUUUGUCUCUGAUGGUCCCACCCAGCCUCCCAUUCCCUCCUCCUCCAAGUAAGCUGUCCAGUUCCUUGUUGUCGGCUCUGCUUGUUCGGUUCAGCUCCUGCAAUGCCUUGAGCCUCCCAGUCUGCAGCACACCUUGGUGUGAUGAUCCCUUGGCUCUGCCUUGGGCCUCCGAGCCCAUUACUCCACCUCGGCUCAUCAAUCAGAUGGCUCCACCUUGACUCCUUCACUCCCUCGGCUCCACCUGGGACAGUCGUCCUUCUGGCUCCACCGGACUCCCCCCUAGCUCCGUCUCCACUUUGGUCAGUCGUUGCUCUACCUCUGCCAUGGACUUCUGGGGCUUUGACUGCGCCUCAUUCCUCCACCCCUUCAGCUUUGUCUGGCUCCUUACCUGCAGAUCCGCCUCAGUCCUUACUCCCGACAGCUCUGCCUUAGUUCUCCGGCACAGUGGCUUCACCUUGGCCUCGUUCCACACUCACAUUUAAAUAACACAUUUCAAAUCAGCAAUUAAAUUUGAAAUGAACUGUCCUAUAAGCACUGUUUCUUAUGUUUAAAUAGUGGUAAAAAGGCUUAUAUUUCAGCCUGGACAAGAAACUGUGCAGUCCCAAGUGCACGUCGCAGGAGACUGACUGUUUCUAUAGCAUAUAGAUAAUUUUACAAGAAUUAAAACAAGGCUGUCAGAGAGACUUAUAGUCUUUACAAUGGCAUGCACUCUAUGAAGGUAUCGAUCACAUGUAAUUUUCAAAAUGCACAAAUUUCAAAACUGUUUUAUAGGGUUUUUUGUCAACUGAAAGUAUUUUGUAAAGAUGUUUUGUCAACUGAACAAUCAAUGUGUUGUUAAACAAUCCAACAGUCAAAAGUUAAAUAUGGUGCUAUCCUGACUAAGGUCUAUUACAAUAGGCUGUUUUUGAAAGGCUUUUGUCUAAACACAUUAAAGUGCACAAAAUCAUGCCAUACACACAUUCGGCAUGUAUGUGUGGAUUACAAUGAAACGUUUUAAGUUUGUGUAUUGGUUUUUUACUCUGCUUCAAAAUGUACACAAAUGCUUUUUUACAUUUUUAAGCAUUUGAGACUUUGAUUUAGAACUAUAACUUGUCUGAUCUGCUACCACAAAUGGAUGGCACUUUGUAAUGUCAUAAUUACCUGUCCAUAAUUCUAGAAAUUCUUCCAUAGUGCAAAUAGGUUUGAUACUGUGACUGAUAUAGGGCCUAGACCAUCACUAUGGAAACCUUCCUUCAGAUUUGCACAACAUGUAAAUAAAUUUGCAAUCUGA